AGAAGAAGAAGAAGAAGAAGCAGCCAUGGGAGGUGAAAUGUUUGAGACUAGUGAGACCUUAGCAGAGUUUCUUGCUUCGACACCAUUGCUAACAGAAUCAUGGAAGCUUUGCAACCUUGCCAACACUACGGCGCCUCAUAGUUUCAUCGUAGAUCAAAUCGGAGACGUGGGUUAUGUAGCUUUUUCCGGCGUACAAUUGGUCACCGGAGAUAACUCAUGCGGAGAUAAUUUGGUGGCUUUUGAAUCUGAUGGAGUUAGUAAUGGCCCUUUUUCAUCUUCCUUCAAUAGAGAAGAUGGAGAAGAGCCUGCUAUGGUUCAUUCAGGGUUCUUCAAUAUCUUCUUAAAUAUGUCUCACAGUCGAAUCUUCCAGAGUCAGAUGAUGGCAGUGAUGAACAGAAGCAAGGCAGUGAUUAUUACAGGACACUCAAUUGGAGGAACAACUGCCUCUCUUGCAGCUCUUUGGUUGCUCUCUCAUUUACGCUCAAUUUCAUCUCCCUUGUCUGUCCUCUGCAUCACCUUUGGGUCUCCACUGUUAGGGAAUGAGUCUCUCUCGAAAGCAAUUCUCAGAGAAGGAUGGGGAGGCAAGUUCUGUCAUGUGGUCUCAAAGGAUGAUAUUGUUCCAAGACUACUCUUUGCACCAAUAGCCUCCAUUAGUCAACAACUUAACUAUUUACUACAGCUUUGGCAGUUCUCCAUGACAUCUCCACAGUUGGGUCAAUUAGCAAUGCAAUUACCUGAGGAGGCUAAAAUUGAAUUCUACCAUUACAUCUUGAGCCAUGUCGCAGCAGCGGCAGCAGAAGGAGAAUGUUCAAUGAAGAGUUCAUAUAGGCCAUUUGGGAGUUAUCUUUUGUGUUCUGAAAAAGGAGCAGUUUGUGUUGAGAAUGCAACAGCUGUUGUUCAAAUGCUACAUUUGAUGUUUAUAAGGAGUUCGAUGAAUUCUAUCAUCGAUGAUCAUCUCAAGUAUGGAGAAGCUGUAGAGAAAAUCUCACUGCAGUUUCUAAAAAGCAGAAGCUUCACAGAAGGGGUUCUUCCUGAUUCAAGCUAUGAAGUUGGGAUUUCACUAGCAUUGGAGGCCUCUGGGAUAGUAGGCCAGGACUUGGUUGCUGAGCAUGCCAAGGAAUGCCUAAAGAUGGCAAAACAGAUGUGUCGAAGACCAAACAUGAAUAGUGCUUACCUUGCCAUUAGUUUAUCCAAGGUAACACCAUAUAGAGCUGAAAUUGAGUGGUAUAAGUCCCUGUGUGACAAAUCUGAUGAUCAAAUGGGCUACUAUGACUCCUUCAAGUUCAGAGGAGUUUCCAAGAGAGACUUUAAGGUGAACAUGAACCGACUCAAGCUCGCUGGUUUUUGGGACAAUGUAAUUCAGAAGCUGGACAGUAAUGAGUUCCCUCAUGAUUUUCACAUACGAGCAAAGUGGGUCAAUGCAUCUCAGUUCUACAAAACCCUUGUUGAGCCUUUAGACAUUGCAGAAUAUUAUAGGACUGGGAUGCACAAGACCAAAGGUCAUUAUCUGAUGUAUGGGAGGGAGAGGAGAUAUGUGAUCUUUGAUAGAUGGUGGGCGAAUAGAAAAGAAGGUGGUGAAGAUAAUGGGAAGAGGAGCAAGUAUGCAGGGCUGACACCAGAUUCUUGCUUUUGGGCAAAAGUGGAGGAGGCAAGAGAUUAUUUAGAGAAUGCAAAGAGUGAGGAAGAUCCAUCAAAGUUGAUUAGACUUUGGGAGAACUUGAACAAGUUCGAAUUAUAUAGUAGUCGAUUAGUUGAAAACAAGGAGGUUUCUAAAGAUGUUGUGGCAAAGAAUUCAAGCUAUAGUUUGUGGGUGGCAGAAUGGAAUGAGUUAAAAUACUUGUUUCCCCAAAUCUCUUAUCAGUUCCCUAGGAAAUGAGUAUUAGCAAGCACAAGAAUAUCCUCAGUUUGUGUACAUAGAAGUUUCUGUAAUUAAUUUUUCUUCAAUUACAGUGGCUUUUUCUUGUACUAAAUUGCUUUUCUGUUAGGUUCCUCUUGUGAAAGACUCCUGUUAUGUUGUUACUGUAUCUCUGUUAGCAGUAAGUAAAUGUAGUUAGUUCCUUUGCUUUCCCCAGGAAAUAAGUGUUACCAAGCACAAUAAUGCCCUCAGUUUGUGUACAUA